AUGGGAAUGAGUGAAAUCAUUGCAGGAGAGGAAAUACAGAAGUCUGGAACAAAACCUCAAAGAACGGGCCUGGAGACUCGUGGUCCUCGCGGAGGACCAGCUGGAAGCCACUUUGAUUAUGUUCCAGCACAGAAGGGGAUCAUACAGCCCCGCCCAGGGCCAGGCGCGCCCCCGCGACAGGCGGAGUGCGCGUGUUCAAGCAACUUCCCACCGGCCAGGCGGGCACCUAGCCCGGGCAGCGGCAACCCGGCGAGGCCACCAAUAGAAAGUCCCGCCAGGUCGUGCUCGCGCACGCAGGGUGGGCGGAAGAAGCGCACGACGUGCGCGCGCCCUCUACCUCGCCACCGCCGCCGCCUCCUACCGCGUCCCACUGCCUCCUGUGGUGCUGCUUGUGUGCUCCUUUGGCCGACCUGGUACCUCUUUUGUGAAGCUGCAGCCAAGAAGACUGGCGCCGAUGAAAAGUCUAAGGUGAGCUCCAUGCCGCCUUCUCUCUUCAGCUCGCGACAGGCAACGGAAGGAGUCAAAACUGAGAACAAUGACCAUAUUAAUUUGAAGGUGGCGGGGCAGAAUGGUUCUGUGGUGCAGUUUAAGAUUAAGAGGCAUACACCACUUCGUGAACUAAUAAUGAAAGCCUAUUGUAAACAACAGACACUCCAACCUGUGUUGGCCUGGAUCCACCAGCUGUUUAGACAAAAACACUUGGACCCGCCUUCAGAGACCAAGGCCCCAGGGACUCCAGUCUUGGUUCGAUGUCACCACCAUGACUCCCUCAAAUCCUGCUGGGAAGGACCUUUCACCGUGGUGCUCAGUACCCCCACUGCCAUCAAGGUAGCAGGAAAAACUGCGCGGAUUCACUACACUCAUGUAAAGCCACGGGAAACAGCAGACAACGAGGGAGAUACUCAGUGGACUACACAACAGACUGGUAACCCUUAAAGUUAAAAAUUGACUAAAACAUAGUUAGAUUAUGCUGGUCAUGAACUGUUUUAGCUUGCUUGUUUUGAUUUUAAUAACAUUGAUGCCGACCUUGCAUGGCGGCUUUGGUCCCCCACUGUAAGCAAAAAAAAAAAACAAUUGUUAAAGAUCUUUGUAUGGGAGCCCCCUUUAGAAAAUGUAAAACGGAAUUCUCCUCUAUCUCCUUCCCUUGAUAAGACCAUUACUGACCUUAAUCCUAAUCCUAGCCAUUGCCCCUUGCCUUAUUAACCGGAUUACCCAAUUCACAAGGGAACAAGUUUCUUAGGUCAAAGUAAUGGUCAUAGGUCAACAAUAUGAACCCCUAGCUACAACAUACCUCUAAGAUUAGAGGUCAUCCACAAGAAAAAGGGGGGAAUGAGAGAAUCGACUCCCCGUUUGUAAUGUAACCCCCCCCCCCCCCGAGCUAUAGAACAGAGCAGUAAGGAAUGUUUCACUCCCUAAAUCCUCCUUGAGAUAUCGGGGCAGGACAGGAAGGAAUGCAUCUGCUAGUCAUUAACCACAAGAUGAUCUGUCCUCUGUAAAGAUAAAGAUAAGUAAAGGAAUGUGCUAGAUUAGACCAGGACUCUCGGUCUCCAUGGUUACUCAGCCCCAGAUCCCUCGAAUCAGCAUCUGCCAAAGUCCUGCGCCGUUCAAAAUUAACCAAUGCGAUCUGCUUCUGUAAACCCGCUUGCUUCCCGCUUGUGCCCUUAAAAACCCUGCACAAAUUCCCCUCGUGGCCCUCCGCACUCGUUUGCCUGGAGGACCCCAUGCGCAUGGAAAUAAACUUUUUUCCCUCACCAA